AUGCACCAGAGUCCCGAGAUCGUGCGCUUCAACGCCGAGCACGACCAGGCCAACGUGGACCUCGACAUGGAGAUUCAGGAGAAGCGUUCGUACAUGGAGAGCUCGACUCCCGUGGACCCGGCGAACCGUCAGGUGUCUGCGUCGAGUCUGGUCGAGAAGACGGAGGGUCGGAUGUCGCACCUGCGUGUGGCUCUGGAGUUCGGUGAGCAUGAGGAGGAAGACGAGUCCUACCGUAAGAACCCGCUGCACUACAUCGCUCUUCGCAUUUGUAUUAUCGCGAUCCUGGUGGUGGUUGCCGUGCUGGCGCGUAAGCGUUUCCUCGACCUGCAGGACUUCACGGGUGCCACUGCCCACACGACGAGCUGCUUGUUGUUGCCGUUGAUUAUCUACAUGCGCGUGUCCUGGAACCGAAUGUCGAUCUUCGACAAGGGCGCUUCGAUUAUUUGCAUUGUGGUGUGCGCCUUCACGGGUUGCUACGUGAUGAUCCACGCCGGUGAGCACCUGUUCGCCCCUUCGGACGACGACACUCUGUUCCCGUACUGCGAGGAAGAGUUUAUGGAUGCGCCGUACUACAUCCGCAACAACAGCACCAACUAA